AUGAAACUGAGGGAGGGGAACCGUUACCGGCUGGGCCGGAAGAUCGGGAGCGGCUCCUUUGGGGACAUCUACCUGGGAACUGAUAUUGCUGCUGGAGAGGAGGUUGCAAUUAAGUUGGAAUGCGUGAAAACCAAACAUCCUCAGCUCCACAUCGAGAGUAAAAUCUACAAAAUGAUGCAGGGUGGAGUGGGUAUUCCCACAAUUAAGUGGUGUGGAGCUGAAGGGGACUACAACGUAAUGGUGAUGGAACUGUUGGGACCGAGUCUUGAAGAUCUCUUCAAUUUUUGUUCAAGGAAAUUUAGUCUCAAGACAGUCCUGUUACUCGCUGACCAAAUGAUUAGUCGGAUUGAAUAUAUUCACUCUAAGAACUUUAUCCACCGAGAUGUGAAGCCAGAUAACUUCUUAAUGGGCCUGGGGAAGAAAGGCAAUCUGGUCUACAUAAUAGACUUUGGAUUAGCAAAGAAGUAUCGAGAUGCUCGAACUCACCAACAUAUUCCGUAUCGUGAAAAUAAAAACUUAACAGGAACUGCCCGUUAUGCAUCCAUCAACACUCACCUUGGAAUUGAGCAAUCUCGCAGAGAUGACUUGGAGUCCUUGGGCUAUGUACUGAUGUAUUUUAACCUGGGCUCCCUCCCCUGGCAGGGACUGAAAGCAGCAACAAAGAGGCAGAAAUACGAACGUAUCAGUGAAAAGAAAAUGUCUACACCCAUUGAGGUUUUGUGUAAAGGAUAUCCUUCUGAAUUUGCCACAUACUUGAAUUUCUGCCGUUCUUUGCGUUUUGAUGACAAACCAGACUAUUCCUAUCUAAGGCAAUUAUUCAGAAACCUCUUCCACCGACAAGGAUUCUCAUAUGACUACGUGUUUGACUGGAACAUGCUGAAAUUUGGUGCAAGCAGAGCAGCUGAAGAUGCUGAACGUGAAAGGCGAGAACGAGAGGAAAGAUUGAGACAUACACGAAACCCAGCUGUGCGUGGAUUACCCUCCACUGCUUCGGGCAGGCUGAGAGGAACGCAAGAUGUAGCUCCUCCUACUCCUCUUACCCCAACUUCACAUGCUGCGAACACCUCUCCUCGGCCAGUAUCUGGUAUGGAACGAGAAAGGAAAGUGAGUAUGAGAUUGCAUCGUGGUGCCCCAGUCAAUAUCUCAUCGUCUGACUUAACAGGCCGACAAGAUACCUCUCGCAUGUCAACUUCGCAGAUUCCUGCUCGGGUAACUACCAGUGUUCUCCAGUCUGCUGUGCACCGAUGAAAAUUAUUUUGCCAUGGAGGGCAGAUAAUGCAUGGCUGAUCUCCUAUGUUACCAAUGGCUUUACUAGCAAAAAUACACUGAACUAGAGCGGAAACAUUACAAUUGGAGUUCUCCAUGUGACUUAGGCACUUGGAGGAACAUGGACAGACUCCAGCAGCUGCCAUGGAUGCUUUUGCCAGAAACCCAAUGACCUUAAGAGAACCCUGUGGUUACAGGGCUGGAAAAGAAAGAUGGUUUACAGAGUUGACCGCCUGUUAUUGGAUGGCCAUUUCAGUUUUCCCUCCACAGGCGGCAGACUUUACCCCCUUUUUAUUAUUCUACUGUAACUAUAAAUCUUUUACUUGGUUUAAGAAAGUUUUUGUAUCAUUUUGCUAAAAUUAUUGGCUUAAUUCUCUGUAAAGAACUCUUGCUUUUGUCUGAUUUAAAAUUGUAGAAUAUAAACAAACCUAAACUAAAGAAUGACUUGAAAUUUCUUGUUUAAAAAAUUUAGUCUGGCAGGGAACAUGUAAAUGAAUCAAAACCAUCUGACUUUAUUUAAACUGUUUACUUAUUUGUAUGGUCCCAUUCUGACUGAGACGGUUUUCUCAUGAAAUUUUAAAAACUGUUAGAAUUUUACUUUGCUGUUUGCUGUCUUCAUUCACACUUAACAUAUAACUUUCCGUGUAACACAAAGGAAUUUUUAAUACUUGUUCUUUUUCAUAAAAGAGGAAGACUAAAUACCCUGCUGGAGAGUCUCAGUAUAGUAGAGAUGGUGAUACUGGAUUUCUUUCUUUGUGAAGAAAAUGAAGGACAAAGUGAGAGACUCUGGCAUUUGAGGAAUUUAGAAUUUGAAAGCUUGUCCU